AUGGAGCCAAGGUCCGUGCUUAACGUGCCGCCCCGUAUAGGCUCCGCCCCGCUCACGUCCGCGCAGCAGGCGUUCCACCGGCUGCCGGGUCGCCACAUGGGCAGUUAUCGCGUCGGCCCGCCACGCCCAGGCGGCGAAAAACAGACGCCGCUGCCGCAGCACCCACAUCAGCAGCCGCAGCAACAGGCUCAUCCCCACCAUCACCACCACCACCACCACCACCAUCACCAUCACCAUCAGCAGCAACAACAGGCGUUGCUAGCGUCACCGUCCCCCCCAGCGGCUUUCUUUGACCGGGCGGCGCCAGCAACAGCAGCAGCAACAACAACAGCAGCGGACUCCGCAGCGUCUAGUCACCCGGCCGACUGCAUCUACGAUAUAACAGAGUUUGUAAAUUUCCAGCACACGAAGGAGUCGCCGCCGAAGGGUAUUCUCGUGUUCGCGAAUGAUUUAUGGAAGGAAAUGCCAGAGAACAAGGAGAGUAGGCCCGAGCACAUCCUCUCUCGUGAGGAGCUGUUUCAGGGCGAGUCUGUGCCAUCAAAGGUGAUGAGUGAGCGCAAGCUGCACAAUGAGGUGCUUGGUAUUCUGGGAAGGGUCGGUGAGGGCAACCUGGAGACGAUGAAGAAGGAGCUGACGGACCUGCCGAUUCGCCAGUCCGGUGACGAGGAGAUCCAGCAGGUCAUACAAGUCAUCUUCAAUAAGUCGAUCCAACCAGAGGACAGCAUCUUUGUCCCGUAUUACGUCAAGCUGGUUGUGCACCUCAUCAACGACAUUGGCGAGAACGAGCCGGCUGGGCGACUGAUUCGCAACGCCAUUAUUCGGCAGUGCCAGCGCACAUUCGAGAAUGCCGAGGAGGCGCAGGCGCAGCUUGAGCGCGAGGUGGCAAACCUGCCAGAGGAGGAAGCAGAGCUGCGGCGCAUCAUCUUUGCGGGAAAGCAAAAGGCCAACAUCAACUUCUUAGGUCUCCUCUUCACUCACGGCCUCGUCCGUGAGAAAGUAGUGCUGCACAUCCUCGAGUGGCUCCUCUACGGUAGUGAGCGGAAGCGCCGCAUCCCCGCCGACUACGAGCUGAUCCACUUCAUGAACCUCCUCGUCACGUGCGGGAAGAGUUUCUCAAAGGAGGGACAGGAGUUCGUACCCAAAUUCCGAAGCGUCUUGGAGGAGUUAAUGCACACACACCCCCAGCGACGCAUGCAGUUUCUGCUGCUGAACACUGUGGAGACGAUAGAUAACAACUGGGAGCCGCGCUUCGGCGCCAAAGCGGCAAAUCAACAGCAGUCUCAGGAGAAUGAAACGGAGCGGCGCCCACUGCCACCGAUACCACCGCGCACCACUGUUGCGGUGGCGUCGCCGCCCAAUCCGAUCCCAUCGCGCGAUUGGUUCUGGGCGGCGGUGGAUAAAUUCUUCAGCACGAGCAGCCUAGACGAGGUGAUUAUGCUGCUGGAUGAUAUUCCAGAGGGGACACGGAUUGUGUACUGCUCCUCUGUUAUUAAACGCUACAUCACCACGAUGCGGUACUCGCUAGAGCGUUCGCGCCUUGGCGAGUUCUUCGGGGAGCUGGUAAACAAGCGCGUGCUGCCUAUGGAGGAUGUGCGGAAGGCGCUAUUGAUGCACCUCCACAAUGCGGUGGAGGAGGACGUAUUCACUGACGUCCCGAAGUACUUCUACAACUGGGCAGUUGUGGUGAAGGGUGGGCGCGACGUCUUUCCGCCCUCACUGCACGCCGAGUUCCUCGGCAUUCUCGUCGACCGUGGCGCGAGCCGCGAGAAUAUAGUCAACAUGGUGCGGGAAAUGCACAAGGUGCAAAGCGAGACCCAGGGUGCAACAGAGACGUCCCCGAAGAACCGCCUCCGCGUGCUGCCGGCCCUGUUGCGCUACACACCGCCACUGUUCUGCGCCGGCGUCGCGGAUGACGAGGGGGAUAUACUAACUAUGGUCUACGAUUACGACUCCACCGUGGGUUUCUUUUGCGACCUUUGUGAGCAGUCGGGCUCGAAGGAUGCCUUUUUGUCUAAAUACUCAAUCGGGAAGUUGUCGCAACUGGCUUUCUCGGUGAUAUCGGCCUUGUUCACAUUCGCGCGCUUCGAUACAGACGCCGUCUGCCGUGAACACAAGGACUCGCUAAAGAAGCUGCUGAGCUCUAAGCAGCUUCAUUUGCUCCUGGAGGAGGUGUAUCUUACCUGGCUGGCAUUCGAUCGCAUGCCUGAGGACAGCUUCGUGCAGUUCUCCAGGGCACUGCGUGAUCUGGCGGGAAACCCCAAAGAACAGAUAGACAAAUUCAAGACUAUUCUCGAGAAGCAGUACGGUGUAGUCGGAAAGAACGACGCCGCGCUUCUUGAUAAGAAGUGA